UUGUCUACAUCUUUAACGUGAGAGUUGUGUCAGUAUUCUUAUCGAGAGCUUCUUUCUGCUACAAUAUUAUUUAACUUAUUUAUUAUUAAUUAACUUUGCCUAAUUAAUUAUUUAUUGUUUCAAAAAUUUUAAUUUUGAUUUGUUUAAUAAUUACUUGUUGGUGAUAAAGCAUUUUUAGAAAAUGUCUCGAGCAAAGAAAGCAGCUUCAGCUUCACAAGCUGAAAGUUUUGCUGAAGAUGUUGACACUGAUACUGAAUCUCAAUCCAGAUUUGACGAAGAAAUCAGUGGUGAUGUGGACAAAUUAGCUGAUUAUGGAGUGAAUGUAGCUGAUCUAAAAAAACUCAAAGCGGCUGGUAUCUAUACAAUAACUGGAAUCCAAAUGUGUACCAGGAAAAAAUUAUGUGCAUUAAAGGGACUAAGUGAUGCUAAAGUUGAUAAAAUUCGUGAAGCUGUGGCCAAGGCUUCACCCAAUAAGUUCAAAACGGCUUUCGAGCAAAGCUUGAAAAGACAAGCUGUUUUUAAAGUAUCUACUGGCUCUACAGAUUUGGAUCGUCUCUUAGGAGGUGGAAUUGAAAGUAUGUCAAUCACGGAAGUCUUUGGUGAGUUCAGAUGUGGGAAAACGCAGUUAAGUCAUACAUUGUGUGUUACUUGCCAAUUACAAGGUGAAAAUGGAUUUCCUGGAGGCAAAGCAAUAUUCGUAGACACUGAGAAUACAUUUCGGCCAGAACGUUUAAAACAAAUUGCUGGAAGAUUUGAAAUGGAUGAAAAAACUGCUCUUGACAAUGUACUCUAUGUACGAGCAUAUACCAGUGAACAUCAAUACGAGAUAAUAGAGCAAGCAACAGAUAUUUUAUUUGAGUCAAAAGGUGCCUUCAAAUUGAUUGUUGUUGAUUCAGUUAUGGCUUUAUUCAGAGUUGACUACAGUGGACGUGGAGAAUUAGCAGAUCGUCAACAAAAGUUAGCUCAAUUUCUGGCUCGUUUACAAAAAUUGAGUGAAGAAUAUAACGUAGCUGUUUUUAUUACAAAUCAAAUGACAGCAGAUCCUGGUGCUGGAAUGACCUUUCAAGCUGAUCCAAAGAAACCAAUUGGUGGUCAUAUUUUAGCCCAUGCAUCAACAACACGAAUAUCUUUAAGAAAAGGUAGAGGAGAAAACAGGAUUGCUAAAAUAUAUGAUAGCCCAGACCAACCAGAAAGUGAAGCAACAUUUGCUAUAACGGAAGGUGGAAUCGCAGACGCUAAAGAUGCCUAAAAUUUAAUUUGUUAAUUAUAUGACCAAUGGUAUCGUUAAAUCAAUUGAAUUUGUCUUAAGCCAGUUGGAAUCGGAAAAAUAAUUUAUAGAAAGGAUUAUUAAUUCAAAUUUACAAAAUUCUAAUCAACAUUUUUCUUCUGAUAUCAAAAUUAUUGUACAUUUAUCAUUAACUUACAUAACAUAAAUAAACUCACCAUGUAAAGUUACAAACGGUAGAACAAUUCAAAGUGUAAAUAAUUGCAGUGAAAUGUAACUUGAGUUAAUUAUUAUUUCAACCUUAGAAAAAUUAAUGUGCAGAUUGUAACAAUCAAAACCAUUUUGUUUGAAGUAUAAAUAAAAAACAACAAUAAAAGGGA